GGUCAAGUGGUUAGAAACUAUUUUAACUUUUCUUUUUUUGGCUUAAUUCACCUCCAUCCUUUGAGGACUCGCUCGCGGGUGCUCUCUGACGUUUUGCACUCAUGUUUCUGAUAUAACUGGAUAAACAGGAAGUGGCCAGGCUCCCCUUAAACCGGCUCUGGCAGCAGGAGAUAGGCGACCACUUCUGAUUGGAACUCAACCAUUGUCAUUUACCGUGACGACAAAUUCACGAGAUCGAAUUCACAUAUUCACAUAAGAUUAGCUGUUUUUUAUAUAUAAAACGUCAUAAAAGGCAACAUGAAUCCAAAUUGGCGCCAAUACUGUCAAGUUAACACGUGCGUAACAAUGCAGCACGGACUGAGUCACGCGAGGAGUGAGUGGUUGCCAGGCAACUCUGUGUUGUAGCUGUAGGGGAGGCGCUCCGCGAGCCCUGCGCUGUGGUCAGGAGUGAGUCCAGCAUGUCAGGCACGACCCUCAGAGGAAAUGGCUCUCUCAUCACACACAACAACGCCACCUACAUUCCAGCGUCCCUGAUGCCUGGGUACUGUGGGCAUGUGCCAACCGCCAAGUUCCAGUAUGGGGUCACCUUUGGAAAUGCAACCAUCAAGUAUUUUCUGGACUCGCGGGGUGCAGCCAUGACCCGCAGUGCAAGUCAGUACAGCAUGGGUGGCAUGUUCCCUUCCAUCUCCAGUGCUGGAGGUUUGUUCACUACCCAGCGACCAGAUCGGGCCCCUUACAGCCCCUACUGGGCACGAUACAACGUAGAUUUCGAGCGCCAGCGAGAGAUCAAACACUUUGAUGAGCUGGCACAGAAACACAGGGGGAACUACAAAGACAAGACUGGCACACUGCAACCUGUCAGUUACUUCAUCAUUCCGGUGAAAGAGAGUGAGAAGUUCUCCCAGGAAGCUAUGUAAGAAUCAGAUAGAGUUGUCGAUGCAGUCAGUAGCCUUAGCACUCCUUAGCUACGUUGAUAGACAGAUAGAUAAAAACUUUAUUAAUCCCAAAGGAAAUUGCAGGGUUACAGCAGCAACAUCCAGGACUGUGAUGCUUAUAUACUUUAUAUUCUCUGAGAGAGAUGUGUGUGUUAGUGUGCUCUCAGCCUGCACAACAGGAUUCUUCUUUUAUACUGUCUGUUG